AUGGACUUCUCCAACAUCUUUCGACUGGUCAACUUGGCCGUUGGUGGCAUUAUGGUCCUUGGAGGUAUUAGUCAAUUCAUCCCAGACAUUGGAUUUCGAAACAUUAUUGUCGGAAUCUAUGUGAUAAUUUUCGGCCUUGCUGUCGCCGGCCUCGAAUUACUUCCUCAAGUUCCACCCUACCUACCGAAAUAUGCGAGCUUCCUGUUCUCCUUCCUAGGACGAGGCAUCUUCUACAUCUUCGUUGGUUGCAUCAUCCUCGAAAAUCAUGUCUUGCGCAUCAUCGCCGGUACCCUCAUCGGCUUUGUUGGUGUGGGAUACUGCGCGCUCGAAUUCUUGCCCUCGAUUGAACCUCCUUCCAACAUGAGGGACGCCGAUGCUGGAUGGGGCGCAGAACAAGUCUAA